UCACUCAACAGUUGGAGUGGUAGGAGGAGGCAGGGUGGAGUGGGGAUGCCUGGGUUCCAUGAAUAAUGUGAUGUGCUAUUAUGGCAAUGAUAUAUUGGGGCUGUAUCUGACUAAUGGACUGUGUUCACGAACAACAGGUGCCAGAAAGACAAAGAACGUGUAAACUAUUUUAAUCAAACCCUGCAUAAUCAAGUGUUGACAUAACUGUACAUUAUCACUGUUGUAAACUAACUAAUAUACGUGUUAAUCUCUUGGUUGAUUAGCCAACAGCCUGUGCAGAGCAGACACAAUUAAACAAACAUCUGGUUAUAUACAUUGAAUUAAGUCAGGUGAUAACAACAGAACAGCUGAGUAACUCCUGGCUACAGGACGGCUGACACCAGGCUAUCAUCUGUCCAGCCUCGGCUCUUCAGAGCAGAUUAGUGUAAACGAUCCUCAUUUCCAAAGGUAGGUAACACAACACAGAUUAUUAUUCUGUGCUACAGGGGCUUGUGUGGAUGCUUCCUGUGCUGUGAAUCAUUUAACAGGUGACUGUAAUUCAUACAGACGGCAUGGUUCUCAGGAUGACAGCUAUUUGAUGCGGCCUGGGGAACGACCAUAGCUUUCUUUGCUUUAAAGACUGCUUUAAAGAUUAGACCUAAAAUAAAUACAAAGUAGAACAAUUAUUGUCAAAAAUACAAAUACAAUACAUAACUGACUUGAUUUUAAUGUGGUGCAAAGUUUUAUGUAACAGAAAACCCACCUAUCAUUGAAGGUAAACAGAUUCAAGUGAGCUCUACAUUACAGUCACCACUCUCAAUCUCAAUAUAAUGUCUUAACGCACAAUUAGUGCUUCUUUGGAAAUAACAGAAGAAGAAAAAUCCCACAGCGACUGAAAGCACAUUAUUAUAAUUACUUUAAGAGGGAAAAGCACCUAGUCACUGCUAAUUUGAAAUUCCCAGGCAGGGUGUUGAAGUAACCCAUAGCAACUGCUGCUGUGUCAACAGAAAUCUUGGACGGUCCAGUAUUGUGCUCCACCAUUGGCUGGCAGAACAGAUUACUUGCAAACUUGCUCAUCUAUUAUGCAUCCCAGUUACCUUUAGAGUCUUCUUGAGCUCAUUUCCAGGUAGACAGAACUCAGAGGUAGUGUGCUGCUUGAAGAAAGUUGAGAGCCAGAAAUGGAGCUGAUUGGAUCCACACGGACAUCCACAUAUGCAAGGCCAAAAACCAGUCACUUCCUUCCUGCCAUUUCCACCAUGGCAUCCAGCUACCGGAACACUAUGAAUCCUGGUGCCAACCUGUGGAAGACCAGCAGCUAUUUCAGGAACUGCUGCAACGUCCCAACUUCUGCUUCUAUGCAACGAGACAAUCUUGAGCUGGUUCGAGCCAAUACCAUGUUCUACCCAUCAAAUAGGACAAUACUGAGCACCCGCUUCACCCCAGAAGAGUGGUACAAAUCCAACCAAAACAACUACAGGGAGUCCGAAUCGUCUCGAAAGAGUGCUGAGAGGCUGAGGAGAGACACCAUUAGGCUGAUGCAGGACAAGGAGCAGUUGACCAGGCGAACCCAGGAAAAUAGCAGUAAGAACAUUGGUGAGAGACUCAAUAAUAUUGUCUUCUGGAAGUCUGAGCUGACCCACGAGAUUGAAAACAUGAUAACAGAGAUAGCAGCUCUUACUGAGGUCAAGAGGAGGCUGGAGAGAGCCUUGGCAGAAACUGAGGGCCCCCUUCAGGUGUCUCAAGAGUGUUUGUACCACAGAGAGAAGCGGAUGUCCAUUGAUCUGGUACAUGACGAUGUAGAAAAAGACCUCAUGAAGGAAGUGGAAGUGAUCAGGUCAUGUCAAGAAAGAAUGAGGCGACAUCUGGACAGAGCCAUCGCUCAGCUAGCGUCAAACAGAGCAGCCCAGCAUGAACUGGAGAGAGACAUGAGUGAUAAAGUGACAGCUCAAAGGAUUGAUGACAGGUGUCACCAUCUGAGGAACACAUCAGACGGCAUCGGCUACUACAGAGGAAUUGAAAGACUAGACCCUUCACUCUCUCUACCAGAAUCUUGGUCCAAGUUCACAGACGAUAACAUCCUACUUUCCCAAAGUCAACGCGCUGCCUCCCACAAACUCAGGGAUGAGAUAGAAGUCCUGUUAAACACCACCUCCAAUGAGAUGUGGAACCAGUUCAAUAGUGUCAACGUAGCCUUCACCAAUCGCAUAUCGGAGACAUCUGAUGCCAAAAACAGCCUGCACACACACCUGGCUAAGACUCUGCAGGGAAUUUUCCAAACGGAGAUGCUGAUUGAAUCACUGAAGAAAGCCCUGAGGGACAAACAGUCCCCACUAAAAGUAGCUCAAACAAGGCUGGAGGAGAGAACCCGCAGGCCUAACAUUGAACUCUGCAGGGACAACCCACACCACAGUCUUGUGAAUGAGGUGAGAGAGAUUGAGGACACUAUUCAGAAACUUCAAGAGAGGCUGAUGGAGGCUGAAAGCACAUUACAGAUUCUGGUGAAGACCAAAGUGACCCUGGAACAUGACCUGUCCGUCAAGGCCAACUCUCUGUUCCUGGAACAGGAGAAGUGUAUGAGUCUUCGCAAAAGUUUUCCCAGCAUGCCCCGUCUAGUAGGCUACACCUAAUUGAAGUUAAAAUUUAGAAAAUAAUUAUUAAAGGCAUGAUAAUGUGUGGUUGAACUGAAAUGGUAAGUUUGAAUUGUAAGCACUAUUAUGGUAGUCUAAUAGUUGAUUGACCUUAUUUUGACUACUGUCACCGAAAACCUGAGAAAUUUUCAAUACAUAUAAAAGGUUAACAAAAGUAUUUAUGAAGAAAUUGUUGUGGUUUUUAUUUUAUCUAUAUGUGUAUUUAAUUAAACAUAUAUCAAAAUUAUCUAUAAUACAAUAUGUAUGUAUGUAAUAAUAAAAAAAAGAUAAUAAAACAGCAAUGUGUCACGUUGUUACCAUGUCAAUUAUUUGGUAACUGCAAAUAUUUAUGUGAACCUUGCACGAGUCACCACGUCAUUGCAUGGGCAGAUGAAGACAUGGUCGUGACAACCUGUUGAUGUUUAAACUAAAUAUUAGCAGAGGUUAGAAUGGUGAUGACUUUUAAACCUGAGUGAUUGCUGAUUGUUAGACGAGCUGGUCUAAAUGCUUAAAAUACUGCUGAAAUACUGGGAACUUCCCAAAAUAAAAGAUUGGAAAAGUCUUGUGUAAUGAGUCUUCAUUGUUGUUAGGACAUGAACAUGGUGAGGCAAAACUUCUCCCAAAUUGGCCAUCUCCUGCUGUCUUAAACUGUAAUACAUCAGUAUCAGUAUACAUCCUCCACCAUGUGCUGUCACUGUUCUCCUGUUUUGAGUUUUUUGUUG